AUGAUUUUCCUCGUGAUAUCCACCGCCAUUAUCGCGGUCCUUGCAUGGUUCGUUGCCGGGGUUUUCAUACGCGGUGGUGGGGGUAGGGGGAAAACCGCCGCACCACAGGUUGUAGGGGUUGCUCAAUAUCCUUCACAACCGUCUUCUCGAGUCGACGUUCGCGUUCUCUUCGGCUCGCAAACAGGUACUGCUGAAAUGUUUGCUAAGACUGUUACGCGAGAGGGCUUGAGACUGGGUGUCCCUAUGAAACUUGCUGACGUGGAAAAUUAUCGUCCGUCCGACUUGGCAGGGGAAAAAUAUGUCAUUAUUAUCUGCGCCACGUAUGGUGAGGGUGAACCCACGGACACCAUGGUCGGGUUCCAUGAGUGGUUGGUAGACGACUCCCGUGCAGUGGGAGAGGAAUUAAGUGGGGUGAAAUACACAGUGUUUGCCCUCGGGGACCGGCAAUACAAGUUCUUUUGCCGUGAAGGCAUCACGGUGGACCGCCGCAUGUCUGAGUUAGGUGCUCAACGUUUCUAUCCCCUCGGUUAUGGCGACUGUGGAAAUAGCAUCGAAGAAGAAUUUGAUAACUGGUGUCACAACCUCUGGCCAGUCUUGGGACGCGCACUUUCUCUAGUACUGAAAUCGAACUCAACCGAACCCGUGGCACCCGAAUGCCGAAUGAAAUUAUGGGGACCUCCGGAAGAGGCCCCGUUGCCGUUCCCCAAGCUCGCGUCAGUGUUGGAACCAACACAACGAUUGCCUUCUUGGGCACCAGUGAAGGUGAACAAGGAGCUGCUGAGCAAUGCUACCGGAAGAAGUACAAGGUUAAUUGAGUUUGAUACAUCAGAAACUGUUAUCUCCUACCAGGCUGGUGACCACCUCGGUGUUCUUCCUAGUAACCCCAGCGAAAUGGUGAACACUUAUCUGCGGGUGUUGGGCGUGAGCGAGCAAGAAUCAAGUCAGGUCAUCUCGCUGCAGAACAGAGCAACUGGCAAGAACGUUUUUCCUUGUCGCGUGUCAAUUCGCACUGCACUCACAUGGUACAUCGAUCUUGCCGGGCCCCCCAAGAAGUCUACUUUGCGUGCUUUCGCCCACCAUUGCACUGAUCCCGUUGAAAAGGACACCUUGUUAAAACUGCUGAGUACUGAACCCGAGUCGGUGGAGGCGUAUGGCAAGCUUGUUUUGGAGUUAAGGACUGUCCUUGGCUUUUUGCAGCGAUUCAAGUCGAUGUCUCCCCCGCUGAGUUUCUUCUUGGAGAUGAUGCCGCGGAUUGCCCCACGGUAUUUUUCCAUUUCGUCUGAUUCUCUGACCCACCCGACGAGUGUGGCCAUUACUGUUGCUGUGGUCGAGGGUGGCCUCUGCACGAAUUUGCUUCAGCAGGCAGCCGUGGGUCAAAACAUUCCCGUGUUUGUGCGAAAAUCUAACUUCCACCUUCCGCUUCGAGCUAAGGAUCGACCAAUCAUCAUGAUUGGCCCGGGCACGGGUGUAGCGCCUUUUAUUGGAUUUCUCCACCGCCGUAGCGCGUGGCUGGAAAAGGGUAACAAAGUUGGUGAUGCACUUUUGUUUUUUGGUUGCAGGAGGCGUGAGGAGGAUCAUAUAUAUGCCGACUUUAUGGAGAAGUGUCUAUCGAAUGGGGCACUCUCCGUGCGGGAUGUUGCUUACAGCAGAGAACAAGCGGAUAAAGUUUAUGUGCAGCACCGCUUAGCGGCACGCGGGAAGGAAGUAUGGGAAAUAAUCAGCAGAGGAGGAAAUGUUUACGUAUGCGGGGAUGCAAAGAAUAUGGCGAGGGAUGUCGAGAGGCAGCUACUGGACAUCGCGCAGAAAUAUGGUGCAAUGAAGGAGGAUGAGGCGACGGCAUUGCUUGAGAAACUCGCAACUGAUGAACGGUAUUUGAAGGAUGUCUGGACGGCGUGA